AUGUCGGAUGAAGAUGAUGAUGAUCUUAACUUCAAACCAGUUAGUUUUCCUCGAUCUCUCGAAUUCCACUUCCAGUAGUGAUUUUGCAGGGAACAGAAAUUUCAAGCAGCAAAGCAACUUAUGUAGUGAGCAAAUUAUUAGGCGAAGGUGGAUUCGGGGCAGUUUAUCGAGUGAAAGAUGUGAAAACGGAAAAACAAUAUGCGAUGAAAGUGGAGAGAAAAUUGGAGAAAAGAAAACAUUCGAAACUGAAAAUGGAAAUCGCGAUUUUGAAGUUGAUUGGAAAUGGAAAACAUUUCACACAAAUUGUUGAUCGAGGAAAGAAAGAUAAAGAAGGAUAUUUCUUUUUGGUGAUGGAACUCGUUGGUAAAAGUUUAGCGGAUUUGAAACUCGAAAGGGAUUUGAAAGUUUUCUCAUUUACAACUGGAUUGGGAGUUGCGCAGCAAUGUUUGGAAGCUUGUGAAGCUUUGCAUAAACAUGGUUUCAUUCAUCGAGAUUUGAAGCCGCAGAAUUAUGCGUGUGGAUUGGAAAAGCAGAAACAUCUGAUUUACAUUCUCGAUUUCGGAAUUGCUCGCAAAUUUUUGAAUACAAAAAAUGAAUUGAAGACUCCACGAGAAAGUGUUGGAUUUAAAGGAACUGUUCGAUUUGCACCAUUAGCAUGUCACAAAGGAACUGAAAUGGGACCAAAAGAUGAUUGUGAGAGUUGGUUUUACCUACUUCUCGAUUUGAUUUUGACACAAGGAUUACCAUGGAGGAAAAUCAGUGAUAAAAAUGAUGUUUUGAAAUGUAAAGAAGAAUGUCGAAAAGAUAAACGAGAGGCGAUGUUAAGCGGUUUGCCGCAUACAACUGAACUCAAUCGUAUUCUUGAUUAUAUUGACAAACAACAAUAUCACGAUCGAGUUGAUUAUGAUUACAUUUACAAAAUGCUCGAGGAGGUAAUUUUUGCUAUAUUUUUUUAUGAGCCAAAUCUAAGUACUGUAUUUAUUUUAGGCUUGUAUUUCAUCGGGUGGAAAAAUCGACGCGCCAUAUGAUUGGGAAUUGGAAGGCGAUACGAAAUGA